AUGCCUGUGAUUGACCUGGGCGAGUCUAUUCCUCCGGACACAGCACAUGCUGUUAGUGUCUCCCUUCCAACUUGGAAGGCUAAUGUUGGAUAUGAAGAGGGUGAAGACUGGGUUGUCAAGCGUAUGACAACAGGCUAUCCUCGUUUCUUUGUUCACAGAGGCAUCCAGGCUUUCGCCACAGAAAUCGUGGAUCGUUAUGGCAGUCCUGGUCAGCAGGCAAUGCUCUUCCCUACAUCGCGAGUAGCAAAGAGAUGUCUGGAUUUCAUCGUCCAGCGAAUCUCCCCUGAGUUGGCGAGCCAGGUUCGCAUCAUUGACUUCACUCUUGAUAAGUCUAAAGAGCUCUCGCCUGUCUUGAAGAAGCUCACUUCCACCAUCUCAGCCGUGAUUCACCCCUCUGAGGUAUUUCCUAUUGCGAAGCAGUUCUGGCAGCACACUGGUGAGGGCACUUCCAGCAGACGUGCCGAGUUCUGCCAUGGUCUCUUCAAGGAUGAUCUUCUCAUUCCGACGACUCGCACACGGACUCCUCCUGAGGCCGCCCAGAACCGACCUUUCCGCGGCCCCAGACGCUACACUCGUCCUGGUUCAAUCGAUGGUGUCUCUUCCCCAAUGCCCACGACACCCAAGCAACCUUCCCCGGAGACCCCUGUGGAGUCAAUCGAGAGCUCUCGGUUCCUUGAGGAACGUUUUGGUAGAAACCUUGACUUAUCUAUGGUUGAGCGUGCCAAGUCUGCAAUUCGUAGACGUAUUGCAGGUGCUAUGGCUCACGAAGUUGAUUUGAGCAACGGUCCGCUACCAGCCAUGACAUCCAACAAUCGCGGCAUUCCCAACCUCGAAGAGGCCGACGUCUAUCUUUACCCUGCCGGCAUGAACGCCAUCUUCAACGCCCACCGUGCUCUGCUCCAUGCGAGAGAGCCAGCCGAGAGUAUCAACUUUGGUUUCCCCUAUGUCGACACACUCAAGAUUCUCCAAAAGUUUGGUCCCGGUUGUCUCUUUUAUGGACAUGCGUCGCCCGAAGACCUUAAUGACCUGGAGGAACGACUAAAGAAGGGCGAGCGAUACCUCGGACUCUUCUGCGAGUUUCCUGGAAACCCCCUUUUGACGUGCCCUGACCUUACUCGCAUCCGCAAGCUUGCCGAUGAGUACGAUUUUGCAGUUGUAGUCGACGAAACGAUAGGCACAUUUGCCAACAUCAACGUCCUACCGGCUGCAGACAUUGUUGUUAGCAGUCUCACCAAGAUCUUCUCGGGUGAUUCAAAUGUUAUGGGUGGAGGUCUUGUACUUAACCCUGACAGCAAAUAUUACAGCGCACUCAAGACAACCAUGGCGGAGAUUUACGAGGAUAACUACUGGCCCGAGGAUGUCGUCUUCAUGGAAAGGAACAGUCGCGAUUAUGAGUCUCGAGUGGUCCGCAUCAAUGCCAACUCCGACACCAUUUGCGAGGUGCUACGAAACCAUCCUCUCGUCAAGCGAAUCUACUAUCCCAAAUGCAAUGAUUCCAGAACACAUUACGAAAAGGUCAGACUCCCCGAUGGAGGAUACGGUGGUCUACUGUCUGUCGUGUUCCAGCGUAAGGAGUAUGCCCAGGCCUUCUUCGAUGCGUUACCCCUCGCUAAGGGGCCCAGCUUGGGAACCAACUUUACCCUGGCAUCGCCCUAUGUUCUCCUGGCGCAUUACCAGGAGCUAGACUGGGCCGAGUCAUUUGGCGUCGACCCUUAUCUUAUUCGUGUCAGCGUUGGAUUGGAAGAAACUACUGAGCUUGGGGGUAUAUUCACGGGCGCUUUGAAGGCGGCCGAGGCUGUCACGGUUACGAACUGA